UUAUCUUUGCAAUUCGUCUUGCGUUGUAGGGGUUGUUGCUCAACCUGCCUGCCUGCUUCGCGCGUUGCCUUUGCUUCGAAAGUCCGUCUUCCGGUCGUGGCGCAUCGUGACACUCUUCGACGAGGGAGUCUGGGAGAUAGGGAUCGCGUUCGUUAGUUGUUGACUGCCACCUUCCACAGAGGUUGGCAGACUUUUGCGUUUUGAAGUAAAAAAAAAAAACACAAGGCUAUCUCAAUGGCGCCCCCUGGCCUUCCACUCCUAAAUGACGGCCAUGACAACCUGCGGUUUGGAUUACCAGCGUUAAAGCAAGAUGCGCUGGUCGCUCAUCCGGUUGAGGAAAUUCAGAAAACGCACCAUCAAAUCGAACAAGAGACGAAGAGGAAACUGAUGGAACUGGCCUAUGGAUCUGCCUUCACCAUGCGGAUGAAGAUUGAAGAAGGGAUUCUGUCCAGAUUCCAGCGACCUCCAGGUGCACCGUGUUCAAUGCUGGGGUUGGAGGUCCUUACUGGCAGGGUGGAAGACUUCUCAUUCGAGGAUUACCUUGAUGAUCCAAGGGAGUCGGAGACAAGGCCACAAGUUGAUCUUCACCAUGCAAUGGAAGUGCGCCUUGGCCUCGCAAAGGGACCUGCUGCUCGCAUGUUUCCUUAGAACAAGGCAAAUGCUGCUGAAUGUGUGCAUGCUCAUAUGGUCAUAUGGUCUUCUCCUUACUGUACUCGCUUCUCCAGAUCGUUUAAAGAGCUUGACAUCAACAAAAAACGACAGGUUUCCAGAAAAGAGGGCAUGAGCGGGACUGACUCACGAUGGAAGGUGUUCUCUUAUAUUACCUGAUUUCAGGAUCACAAUGGUGAAAAUUUUUUUGUUAUAUUCGUAGGAUGCAGUGAUAUACCAGUCUUUGACCUCUCUCUCUCUCUCUCUCUCUCUCUCUCUCUCUCUCUCUCUCUCUCUCUCUCUCUCUCUCUCUCUCUCUCUCUCUCUCUCUCUCUCNUCUCUCUCUCUCUCUCUCUCUCUCUCUCUCUCUCUCUCUCUCUCUCUCUCUCUCUCUCUCUCUCUCUCUCUCUCUCUCCCCACACACACACACAAAAAAGAAAACAACGUUCAGAUCAGAAUUAUUGACUCUCUCUCCAGUCCGGUGGCCACUCCUGUCUCCCUCACCCCGCCCGGCCUGCACGCGUCCUGGCCUAAUGUGCUUCAUCUUGUUUGUCAGUUCAAUCUUCAAACUGAAGGCCGUGCUACUGGUAGCAUCUGCUGAGUUGCACUGUCCUCCUAGUCUGAAUCUCACACCGCGAGCUAAGCUGGCUCCUGGCUACACAUCCACAUGGAGCAAUGUCCUUCACUGUAGCCAUAAAAUCAGUGCCAUAGCAUCUCAUUAAAUGGAAGCUUCAAGGAAGGUCCUUGUCUCGUAGUCCAUUGGAUGUCAGCUACUGCCGUCACCCGAAUAGAAUGCUCGGUCGUUAUCGCUCUAUCUAAUAUAUCUAUAUCUAAUCUAAGAGUAUAAAUUGCCACAAAACGCAGCAGCAAUAAGGACCAUCCAUUCUAUUCAGGGGGGAACACUGCAGCGUUCCCUCCAUUGGCAGCGUUCCCUCCAUCAUGCAAUGCCCCUUCGUCUGGGACAUUCUGUGGUCCCAAUCCGUCUGCCGAGUCAGUGUGCCUGACCUGGUCUCUUGGUUUUGAGACCCUCAGUUAUGCUGGCUGAUGUCGACUGUUCAGUGUGACUGAAAUGGAGUGGGGUUCUAGAAGAAGAGGACAAAAUCUGCAGGGUUUCUGUGGUUAUGAAAGGGCACUUGUUCGUACGCGUAGUUCGUGGGGACUAAGUCUAGGACAAACCGACAAGCCCCGGGAAAGAAAUCUCUGGCCCAGAGAGGGGUGGGGGGGUCCGGAAUCGAAAUCCCCCCGGAACGAGAAAUGAUCGAGGGUCUAAAUGCCACACAGAUGAGAAGUUGGACGUGGUGGCCGGCGAAACAGACACCACAUCACCCUAGCAGGCUAGCACGCAACGAAGGUAAACUAGGACAGCCAAAAGCGUCCGAGCAUGGACUUUGGGACUGAGGUGAUGCAAAGCGCAG